GGGGCGGGGGGCCCCGGAGCCGGCGCGGCCUUGGCCCCGUCGAGGAGGCCGGGGGGUCGCGAGGGCGGGGCGAUGUCGGGCGGCGGCGGCGGCCCCGGCCGGGGCCCGUGACCAUGGGCAUAGCCCAGUCCACGCCGGACGAGCUGCCAUCGGACGCGGAGGAGCAACUGCGCAAUGGCGAGCAGCAGUUGGAGCUGAGCGGGAGACGGCUGCCGCGGCUGCCCAGCGCCGUGUGCGCGCUGAGCCGCCUGCAGAAGCUGUACGUGAGCGGCACGGGGCUACGCGAGCUGCCCGAGGAGAUCGAGGAGCUGCGCGAGCUGCGCAUCCUGGCGCUCGACUUCAACAAGCUCGAGCGCCUGCCCGACGGUCUGUGUCGCCUGCCGCGCCUCACGCGCCUCUACCUGGGCAGCAAUCGGCUGCCGGCACUGCCCGCCGACUUCGCGCAGCUGCAGAGCCUGCGCUGCCUCUGGAUCGAGGGCAACUUCCUGCGGCGUUUCCCGCGGCCGCUGCUGCGCUUGGUGGCGCUGCAGUCGCUGCAGAUGGGCGACAACCGGUUGCGUGCGCUGCCCGCGGAGCUGCCGCGCAUGACGGGCCUGCGCGGCCUCUGGCUCUACGGCAACCGUUUCGAGGAGUUCCCGCCCGCAUUGCUGCGCAUGGGCCGCCUGCACAUCCUCGACCUAGACCGCAACCGCCUGGGCGGCUUCCCCGACCUGCACCCGCUGCGCGCCCUGCGCGUCUUCUCCUACGACCACAACCCGGUCACUGGGCCGCCCCGCGUCGCCGACACGGUCUUCCUUGUGGGCGAGGGCGCCGUCGAGCGCAUGGCCGAGCGCGACGAACCCACGCCCCGGCCGCCGCCCCGGCGCCCAGUGCGGGCCUUUGAGGAUGAGGAGGAAGAAGACCUGCUCAUAGGGGGCGGUAGCUCCCGGGCUCUGGGGCCCCCCGUGGACAGCCUCUGCGCUCUGGAAGCAGCUCCAGGACUGGGCACCUGAGCCUGUGCUCUGGGUGUUGGGCCUCGGCCACUCGGGGAGGAGGGCCUCUGGGAAGGUUUGUGGGAACGGUGGGUCCCUACAUGGGGCAGAGAAGGGGUCUCUUUGGGCAAGCUGCGGGGGACAGGCAGGCCUGGGGGCCAUCUUCAGACAUUCCAGGGUAGUGAAAAGACUGCCUACUGGCUGGUCUCUGGGCGCUCUUCAGGCCAAGAAGUCCCGGUUCCUUCCAGUUCUUAUAGCUCCGUCUGGUCCCUGAUAGAGUCACUGAUAACACAGUAGUAAAGGCACCAGCUUCUUCCUGGAACCAGGGUCACACUGACCAUGGAAUCAUCCCCUUGGCUGAGUCUGGAAGCUCAGGGCACCCACAAUCCUCCCUCCUCCUGGAGUCUGGAUCUUCUAGGUCCACCCUUUCUGGUGCAGGAGCCGCUACCUCUGCAGUGGACCACAUGCCUGCUUGAGACAGAUCUGCCCCCAGAAGAAGGCCUGGCCCAGGGGGCAGGGACUUGGAGGUGGGGCCGGUGCCCAGGACAGACAGGUGUGGGAAACCGGGGUUGGGGCCCUAACACCAUAGCUGCCCUUGUUCCUCCACCAGGGCUCAUGGUACAUACCUCCCUCCCCAGGUCCCCUAAAUUUUGUGGGGGGAAGGGGGGACUCAGAAGGCGAGGUCUCUGCCCUUGCCUUUUAUUCUGUCCUCUGCUUCCAGCUUGUGCCUGGAAUCUUGCUGGGAAAGAGAACAUCCCCUCCCUUCCCCACAGCCUGAGCCUCCAGCUGUCAAGUUUGAAAAGAAGCCACUGUGCCUCUAGGGCCUCCUGCACUGGAGAGAGAGGCUCUCUGCUCUGGGCAGCUGCUCCAGUGUAGCCACUGCCUGUACUCUCCAUUCCCUUAAAUGGGCACCAUCGGGGUGGCUGGCAUGGCGCGGGGCAUGGGACGAGCACUGUGUGCCUCCACUCCGUCACCAGGACAGCCUCCGGGGGUGAGGAGUGAGGCCUCGCUCUGCAAUUCCCAGGGCCAGAUCUUUCCCAUCCAAGCAAUAAUGGGAGGAGGGCCCAGGGCCAGGGCCACUCAGGGACACUGUCGGGGGCAGGGCCCCCCCCAUGGUAGCGUUUUCUUUAGGAAGAAAAAAAAAAAAACUGGCUGUAAACAUAAAUUAUAUUUCUCGGAG